AUGUAUGCAAGAGUCGUUGCAAAAUUUUAUGCAGCAGUAGCAACCAAGCGAUGUUCGAUAGCUUGUCUAGGUGCUAGUCGUCGUGCUAUUCAUCAAUCUCCAAGUAAUCGUAACGAUAGAGAUAGCGAGAGAAACACAACCCAUUUUGGAUUUCAAACGGUUUAUGAAGAUGAAAAAGAAGUUAAAGUGGCCGAGGUAUUUCAUAACGUGGCAAAUAAAUAUGACCUGAUGAAUGAUGCGAUGAGCUUUGGUAUUCAUAGACUCUGGAAAGAUACAUUUGUUCGCCAGUUAAAUUUACAGUCUGGAUUAAAUAUAGUUGAUGUUGGAGGUGGAACAGGUAAAGUGAACCAAAGAGUAAAGAAUUCAAUGGAUAAAAACACGCAAGAGAAUAUACCAAAUUGUGCAAUAAGUGUUAUAGAUAUUAAUCAAUCGAUGCUGGAUGUAGGAAAAACGCGUGGAAAGGAAUUAGGCUACCAAGGUGAUAUAAAAUGGAUUAAAGGAGAUGCUGAAAAUCUCCCGGUGAAGGAUUCUUCUGCAGAUUUAGUUACUGCUGCAUUUGCUAUAAGAAAUGUAACUAAUAUCCGCAAGGCAAUCUCGGAGGCUUACCGCAUUUUAACUCCAGGUGGUCGAUUUUCAGUUUUAGAAUUUAGCCAUGUUACGAAUCCAUACUUAAAGAGCUUAUAUGAUACAUAUUCAUUUGAAAUGAUUCCUGUGAUGGGAGAGAUAAUUGCUGAAGAUUGGAAAUCGUAUCAAUAUUUGGUAGAAAGUAUAAGGCAGUUUCCUACACAAAGUGAAUUUGCAGAUAUGUUUAAGCAAGCUGGAUUUAGAUUUGUAAGAUUUCAAAAUCUUACUUUCGGAACAGUCGCUAUUCAUUCUGGAUUUAAAAUAUAG